CAAAAGCAGAAGCCAGCUUUCUUUCGUCUGCUACCAACGGCACUAAGAAUCUGGCUGCAGCGCCGUCCCACCUCAGAGGACUUAUCUACCCCUCACCUCCACGCAUUUCUAUCUGACACCUUCCGUCUUCCCAUUUGACGCGCCACCCGCCCAGCCCACUACAUUGCAGAUGGAUGGAGCCGGUGAGCUCUGAACCUGUAAACGAAAGCCCCCCAUCACCGUCUCGCGAGGAUGGGGCAAAGCUCGCCACCGCUCGUCCAGAGCGGAACAGCGUAGUUCCGCCCUACUGGCAGAGGCACGAGCGCAACGGUAGUCGUCUGAGCUCGUACACCUCAGAUGCUGGAGCUCGCAUCGUGCUCGAAGACCACACCGAUGAGGGCUCCGAGCAAUGCAAAGUGCUUUGGGCAAAGCAUGUAACGAUUGAUGAUUAUGUGGUCGUCAGCGGUACAGCGCCAGGACUUGGGGUCUACUCGCCCGGCCAGUACGUGGUGUGGAACUGCACAGUUGAGACGCUCGAUGGCGGCCCCAUGAAGAUCCGUAAGAGGUAUUCUGAGUUCGAAGAUCUCCACCAGAAGCUCAUCCGGACGUUCCCUCAUGCUGUGGGUUCCAUGCCACAGUUUCCACCCAAAUCUGUAGUGUCUCGAUUCAGGCCGAGGUUCCUCGAACGGCGAAAGCAAGGUCUAUCGUACUUCUUGGAGUUCGUUGUCAACGUUCGCGCUCGCAAUAUCUCGACUGACAUAUUUUUAGUUGCGUUUUACUCAACCCGGAGUUUGCAGGGUCACCGGUUUUGAAAGAGUUCUUGUUCUCGUAAAUCAUAACGGGUGGGUGCAUUGGACCCGUUGCUUUUUGCAUAUCGAUUGUAGGAGCGCGCGAUUGGCGUUUUAUUGUUGGUGAUAGCACGAGCUAUGGCUCAGUCUUCCCUUGAAGGUGAAUGCCCUGUACAUAUAACGUGUAAUGACAAGACCAGUACAUAAGC